GAUUCACUGCUGAAUGAAAGUUUCACUAUGGCGGCGUAUUGUUGCAUGAAUGUGAAGUCUUUCUUACUAAGUCUUUUAUUAUUGUUUACGCCGAGUUCCGCUGUAGGAAGAGAUGAGUUUACUGAGGAGUUAAUGAUAAAGCCUUUGUCUGGAGGCUUUGUUUAUUCACAUUUUCAAUUCACAACAAAAUGGAACGCUUCUAUUCACGAUUCAAAGACAUUUACCCAUUUCCACUUGUUCCCCAAGUCUCUGGGGGAAGUGCUCAAGCAGUAUGGAGUUCAAGAACUUCAUUUGUCACAGACCCAGGGACUAUGGCGACAUAAACUGUGGGGCUACCCAGUUCAUGACGCACCCCCGGGGGCAGAACUAUGGGUCUGGUUCAAACCUUCAGUAAAAGACGUUAAUUCAGCCUGGACUGAUCUGGUGAAUGCGGUCUCUGGUCUUUUUUGCUCAUCGCUCAACUUCCUGGACUCAAAGAGCACUGUGAUACCUCGAAGAAAUUUUCAGCCUCUAGGGGUUACAUCUGGUCCAGUUCCACGUUACUCUGUUCGCUACGGCUCAUUACCCAAAGAAAUAGUCUGCACAGAGAACUUGACACCCUGGAAAAAAUUGCUGCCCUGCGACUCAAAGGCAGGUCUUUCCACCCUCUUCAAUGCUUUUCUUUUCCAUGAUGCCAACUACCAUUCCUUGGGUCUACACGUACGCCCUGUUUGUGCAGAUGAUUCCUGUACAGAAGAAGCCAUUGAACUAACUCAGAGUCUGAGUGUAGUCACUGAUGUCAUCAGUACAAGUCUUAUUGGGUCACCAAAUUGGCAGUUGAAAAGCUUAUUUGGCAACCAUUUGGCUUCCUAUUGUCCAUUGGCCACUAGAAGUUUAAUUAUGGUUGAUAUCACCAGCAAUAAGAAUGAUUCACUGUUCAAACUGACACCGGAGCCUACCAUCACACACACAGUGUUCAGGGGUCAGGAGGAGCAUAGCUACGCCACCUAUGAUGUCAGGUCAAUGUUACAGUCAGGCCGUGCCAUCAAUGUUGGCCUGACCUACAGCAAUAACCAAAAGCUGAUUGAGGCUACUCCCCCGCCCAUACACGCCCAUAGGUUCAUAACAGGUCAUGGCCUGGAAGAUGGAGGAGUGUCUUGUCUCAUUUCCAACACCAUGCCAACCAACCAGACCAUCUCGUACAUGGAUGUCCUCCCUUGGUUCACCAGAGUAAAGUUUAGCUCCCUUCAAGUGACCAACAACGGAGUCAAUGUGCCAUAUAAAACUUUUUACCUACCUGCCAAAGACAGAGUAAGACCUCAUCAGUUAGAGCUAACCUUUACCUUGUGGGCUAAGUCUGUGACCAAGGUCCACUUCACCUUCACCCGGGCUUUUCUGAAGUGGACAGAGUAUCCCCCAGAUGCCCAUCAUGGGUUUCACAUUGGCGCAGCUAGUAUCACUGCUAACAUUCCUUCCUCACUGGAGUACACAGCUCCAGGUCAAACAUCCUCACAGUUGAGCUCCAUAUUCACAGAGAAACCUUCGGAUGAUAAUCCCAGAUUUUUCCUAAGGAUUCACACUGAGACCUUAUUAGUGUCAUUGCCCACGCCAGACUUCUCAAUGCCUUACAAUGUCAUCUGUCUGACAUGUACAGUGGUGGCCAUUGCUUUUGGAAGCAUUCAUAAUUUAACUACAAGAAGAUUUAUUCAGCUCGAUCCGUUGAAGAAGAAAGGACUGUUGUCUAAACUAAAGGCCUUAGUGGCCAAGUUACGAGGAGGUCAACCAGAAACCAAACCAACAAGUGAAACCCAGCAGGGCAGUGUCUCAGAUAAAAAGACAGAAGACCUUGUUGAUGAAGAAGAAGAAAAGUCCUGAUCCCGACAUUUACAGUUCAUGCUUUGUUUUUAUUGGUUGUUUAUAUUUUAAUGUCUGGAGAUAGUAACUAGCAUUGGGGGUUAAAAAAAAGUUAUCAGUCUGUUAAAACAAAAUUCUAUGACUAGGUUCUUCCCUAUGAAGAAAGCCCCUUUACAAAGGUUGCUAAAUUCUUACAAAAGUUUCUUAGAUAUAAAACAGUUUUCUUAUUGUCUUUGCCAGAAGUAAAAAAAGUAAAGAAUUUUUCUCACUGCUGCCACUGAAUUACCUCCCCUGAUCUCUACAUUGAAGAAUGAGUUGAAUUAGAAUUGUAUGCAUGUGCUGGUUGACUGAACUAUUUGUAUGAUUGAUACAUUUUAUUCAAUUUAAUGUGGAAUGAAACAUUUAGCUGCAAAAAAUGUCUUGAGAUUUUUCUGUCCAGUGUUCAUGCGAGAUCAUUUUGACUGUUCCAGAUUGAGAGCACUGCCAACUAUAUAUGGGUGAAAUUGUAUAAUUCUGCUUCCUAAUGUACAGGGCUGCUUCAAUUUACUGAGUGCUUGAAAAAUUCAGCAGAAGUGUGCAUCUACUGUCUGACGCAAAAUGUUUGCUAUGAAAUGACUGAAUGCUAAAUUCUCGAUACAAGAAAUUUGUAAUGAUGUGAAAACCUUAUAACUUGUGUGCACUUGACAAUAGCUGCGCUAAGUACACAAAAGUUGUAUGCCUGAUAAUAGCUAGGUACACAAAAUUUGUAUGCCUGAUGAUGAUGAUGUAUGCAUUUUGGUACUCAUGCAUUUUAUUAUAUAAUGAUUUUUAUUAUGUUAUUGACAAUAAAUUUGUUUUAAUGUUCAGUGUUGACUAGUCGAUGUCAAGAGAGUUUAUGAAUCAAAUAUAUUGUCUCAUACCCAUGUUGCAAUCUUUGCUUUCAAAAUGUUUUUGAUACAAGUCUGAAAGUAAAUGAUACUGUAAACUAGCUUAUAGUAGCAAAGAAAAUGUCUGACUUUAAGAAAGAAAAAAAAAAGGAACCAUUUUUUCUCGGCUGUUUAAAUUGAAGAACAUGGCAAAGAAAAAUAUUUGUUGAUGUUUAAAACAUAGAAAAAAAAAUGUUUUGUUUGUUUAGAGUAUUUAUGUCAAAGGUCACUCUCACAUGUUGAACAAAAUUUAAAUUAUUUUAUAGUUUGCUUUAAUAAAGAAAAAACAUUCCCAUAAUCUGUAUAGUUGGUAUUUUUAUUUUUUAAAUUCAGUCAUUCCCUUAGGAGGCACAGUGGUUGAGUGGUAAAGUGCUUGGCUUCCAAACUAAGUGGGUCCCAGGUUUGAAUGCUGGUGAAGAAUUUUUAAUAUUUUUUUUUAUUUUCAAGAUCUUUAGUGCGCAUAUGAGUCCACCCAGCUCUAAUGGGUACGUGACAGUUGGGUAAAAGUAAAGGCGGGUGCUGGCCAUGACACCCUCGUUAACCAUGGGCCACAGAAACCGAUGACCUUUACAUCAUUUGCAGGGAUAUUUGGAUAAUUUUCUAAUUUUCUGUCCUAACAAGAGACUAUAUAUAUAGUACAGCAGCAGUCAUUUGGUUAAAAGAAUCACAGGUGGAGAUUACAAAAUGACUACUGAGAAUAGUCUUGCCUUCUAAUUUGAGCAGUGCUGUGUGGGCAAAUAGGCCUCCAAACUGACCUUGACAUUGGCUAUUAAAAAAAAAUUAUUUCUCAACAGAAUCUAAAUUGACUACAGGCAGACAAUUGUAUGUCUGGUGCUGGAUGUGGCAAAUAUGUUGGUCGCAGUGGGUGUGUGUUAGCCACAUGAAAUAUUGCAAUUGUCAUAAUUCUUCCUGUAGACAAACUUUCUUUAGUAAUAGGUUCCCAGUUUGUGUCUUACAAUGCAUGUCAGUGAUUAUUCUAAUGUUUCAAAA